ACCACUGCCUUCUGAUCAUACAUUAUAUGACUGUAGCCAGAAAAUUCCACAAAAUUAUUAGCAGUUACUUUACCUAGACACACAGACACAGACAUGAAUAUGGAAGAAUUACGUGAAGUAGCUUUAGCAUACUAUGACAAUUGCACGCCAGAACUUCGGGGAAAGACAUGGGAGUUCUUUCAAUCCAUGGAUACGAACGAUGAUGGCCGUAUCAGUCGAGGGGAGUUCAAUGAAUUCCUCCGUCAGACAGGCUACAACAGCAUCAUUACUGACCCAGAACUCUUUGAAAAGCUCGACCGCAACGGUGACCGAGGGCUGGAUUUCGAAGAAGCACUCACUUUCUACUAUAUUAUCAAAACUGGGUACAACUGGUGUCGAGGUCGAGGCUGCAACAUGUACCUCUCCGGGCUCUAUUUUUCGUGUAUCCAGUGCUUUGAAGCAGCCAAUUCCUCUACUUUUGAUUUAUGUUCUGCUUGCCAUGGCAGUCGGAACUUUACGCACCACCACCCACUUUUCCUGCAGAAUCACAUAUUGCUAUAUUACAAAAGAGGACCAGAAAGCAACUUGGCAGUGGAAGGUCUAUAUGGAGCAGCUAUAGCAUCUUACAACGCCAGUCAAGAGCUUCAGAGUUCAGCCCGGUCUUUCAUUCAAUCCAUGGCUAUACACGGUGCAGGCCAAAGCUCGUUCAACCGUUUCCUCAACCAAAAAGGCUACAACUGGUUCAUUACUGAUUCACACUUGUUCCAGAAACUCGACUGCAACCGUGAUGGCUGGCUUGAUUUCUGGGAAAUGCUUACCUUCUACUACAUCAUCAGGACAAGGUACUUCCAGUGUCGAGAAUGCUCGAAGUACCUUAGCGGCCUCUAUUUUACCUGCGUAGAUUGCUUUGAGGGAGGAGCUCAAUCAGCUCAUUAUAAUCGUUACCGUCACCAUCAUCAUCAUUAUGAUCUUGGCACCUAUAAUCUAUGUGUUGCCUGCUAUCGCAGUAGGAAUUUCGUCGAUCACCACCCGCACCACACAUACUUCUUGGAUAACCACAUAUUGCUACAAUCCAAAAAAGGUCCUCCUCCUUAUGCUUAUGCUGCACCACAAUUGGUAAGAUACACACUAUAAUUAAUUUUAAUAGAGGGGAUUACUAUGGUUUUAGUUUUUACUUCAAGUUUUAUUUGUCCGUUUGUUUGGACUUUUUUUAUUUCAUAUUUUGGUUUAUUUAUUAAGCGCAUUUUACAUAUCUAUUUGUUUAAGUUUAACUUGCAUUAGAGCCUUUAGAGGUGACAAA